GUUGGAAUACACAUAUUAGGAGCCAGUUAAGUCUAACUAGUUGAAGAAAGGCUAAAAUAGGAUAAAUAUGAAUAUGUUGUAACAAUUGAGAUAGAACGGUCCAGAAAAGCGAUGAGGCGGGUCGAUAGUAGAUAUUCAUGCCUUGCACCACGCUACUGCUGAUUGAGUAACACUCGCGCUUCAUCACAAAUCAGAUAAGGUAGCACUCGACGAGAUAGAUUCAAAUUGUCAUCCCUAUUCUGUGGAUUUUUUUUCAAUUCCCACUAUAAAAAAAUUAGUAAGUAGAAUUCUAGAGAGUGGGUUGAACCACAUGUAUCUUUCUACUAAACUAGUCCAGUGUGCGUCGCAUCUUCAACGGGGAACUUCAAUGAACGGUUCCAUAACCAACUGGAAAUAAUGAAACCAAACAGAUUAUGUUUAGUUUCUUAAUGCAUAACAAUAAACUGCAAGCAAAACAACCAGAAAAUGUAGGUCGGGUUGGGCAAUGCCAGAAACAAUAACCAAACCGGUCAAUGACCAGCAAAAAGAACCGAUUCCACCCCACUUGGCCCAACAAAAACGAGUGGCCGGCCCACUUCGCCACCCCACACGUUUUCUCAUCCUUGUACGCAAACCAGCCAGGCCCAGCUCAGCUCCCGCUUUCAAGCCGCGUAAUCACCCAACGAGAAAACCUAAACCAGGAAAACCACCCAUCUCGCCACGUGUCCCAGACAGCUGUGAUCCAAUCGCUGACCUGAUUUGGCCUGGACUGGCGGGUGAUUUAUAUAUUGUUUGAGUGGACCCCACAAUCUUGCCGCCUUUUCCCCCCCUCUGUUUCCCUUACCACAAGGCACAAGCUGAAAAGAACACAAGAAAAAAACAGAGUAGAAGAAGAAGAAGAAACAAGGAAGCUUCUUCCCGCGCUUUCCUGCCGUGAUCGUGAAUGAAUUUCAGUGCAAACAAGUAAUUAUCAUCCUAAUCCUGAUAUUUAAUCUGAAAAAUAGUAAGAUAUUAGCUGGGAAAUCAGGUAAGAGUUUGAUCCAAACACCAAUUUUACCAAACGGAGUCCAAACUUUUGAGAGUUGACCAACUCCGUCUCCUCGAUCGGUUGCUUUCUCUCCUCUUCACAUCACAGUUUCACACUCCUUCCUUGCUUGCUUGCUUCCCCAAAUUAAAAAGCAACGAAAUCCCCCCCUCCACUUCGCUUCCAUUAUAUAUCUCCGCCACAAUAAGAAACUGUUUCUUUAAUCGAUCCGCCUGCUAAACUUGCUUGAUUGAUCUCAAAGCUGUCGUCUUUAUCGUCUCCCACCUCUUUCCCCCUUCAAUUCCUCUUCUGGGUCGCUCUCUCUUUUACUCUUCCUCCAAUUAUUUUGCCUAAUUAUCUAAUCUAUUUUGGAGUUUCUUGUUUCCUUGGUUUCCUUUCUCUGUCUUUACUCUUACCUCACCUCUGAAUCUUUGUUUCUCUGAUCAAAACCCACCUCCCCAAAUUCAAUUCAAUUCAAACCCCUGACGCCAUCUUUUCUUCUCCGCCUCUGAUCCAGAAUUUUGAUAACCUAUCAGCAGCUGGGUUGGUUUUAGAUGGGUCACUGCGUAAGCAAAGGCGGCAGAGGCGGCGAGGCUUUCCGCUACAACCCUAAUGAGAAUCAUAAUAAUCAGAAUCACUACCAUCCCAAAUCUCGAGACCUGCCUCCUACGGAUUACAACAAUUAUGCGUCUAAACCUCCUCCGGCUACCGCCGGAGACUCAGCCGGCGGCUAUGCGAUCCCUCCGCAGUCUCCGCUCCGGAAGAAACCGGGUUUCCUCGCUCCCCCGAGCCCGAAGCCGGCCCGGCGGCCCGACACGAUCCUCGGGAAGGCCUACGAGGACGUCAAGCUCCACUACACGAUCGGGAAAGAACUGGGUCGGGGCCAAUUCGGGGUUACUUACCUCUGCAUCGAAAAUUCGACGGGGAAGCAGUACGCCUGCAAGUCGAUUUCCAAGAGGAAGCUGGUGACGAAGAAUGAUAAGGAGGAUAUGAAGAGGGAGAUUCAGAUAAUGCAGCAUCUCAGCGGGCAGCCCAAUAUUGUUGAAUUCAAGGGGGCUUACGAGGAUAAGCAGACGGUUCAUCUGGUGAUGGAGCUGUGCGCCGGCGGGGAGCUGUUCGAUCGGAUUAUCGCCAAGGGUCAUUACAGUGAGAAGGAGGCUGCUGGGAUUUGCAGGUCGAUUGUGAAUGUGGUGCAUAUUUGCCAUUUCAUGGGUGUGAUGCAUAGGGAUCUUAAGCCUGAGAAUUUCCUGCUGUCUAGUAAAGAUAACAAUACUGCCCUUCUCAAGGCUACUGAUUUCGGCCUCUCCGUGUUCAUUGAAGAAGGGAAAGUGUAUCGGGAUAUAGUUGGGAGCGCGUAUUAUGUUGCUCCUGAAGUAUUGAGGCGCAGAUAUGGCAAGGAAACAGAUGUAUGGAGUGCUGGGGUUAUACUCUAUAUCUUGCUAAGUGGUGUGCCUCCAUUUUGGGCAGAGAAUGAGAAGGGCAUAUUUGACGCCAUAUUGCAAGGUGACAUUGAUUUCGAAAGUCACCCCUGGCCGGUUAUCUCAAGUGGUGCAAAAGACCUGGUUCAGAAAAUGCUAACCCAGGAUCCUAAGAGACGAAUUACUGCUGCUCAAGUACUUGAUCAUCCCUGGCUUAAGGAAGGUGGAGAAGCUUCAGAUAAGCCAAUAGACAGUGCAGUUCUUUCGAGGAUGAAGCAAUUCAGAGCAAUGAACAAGCUCAAGAAACUGGCCUUGAAGGUCAUCGCUGAAAACCUUUCCAAAGAAGAAAUCCAAGGUCUGAAGUCAAUGUUUGCCAAUAUUGAUACUGACAAUAGUGGCACGAUCACCUAUGAAGAACUGAAGUCAGGGUUGGCUCGCCUUGGAUCGAAGCUCACAGAAGUAGAAGUGAAGCAGCUCAUGGAGGCUGCUGACGUCGAUGGAAACGGGACGAUUGAUUACAUUGAAUUCAUCACGGCUACCAUGCACAGACAUAGAUUAGAAAGAGAUGAACAUCUUUUCAAAGCCUUCCAAUAUUUCGACAAGGACAGCAGUGGAUUUAUCACUAAAGAUGAGCUAGAGAUGGCCAUGAAGGACUAUGGUAUAGCUGAUGAUGAAACUAUCAGAGAAAUCAUAGCUGAAGUAGACACCGAUAAUGACGGUAGAAUCAAUUAUGAAGAGUUCUGUGCUAUGAUGAGAAGUGGGACACCUAAUCAGGCCAAGCUUUUCUGAAUCCACCACACGGGUGGCUGCCUUAUCAUUCUCCAGCGCCAUGGGAAUAUCUGCCCACCAAAAUGGAUAUCAGGACAGGGGAAAGUUUCAUCCUCAUUCAGGAACCUGAAUGAAUGCAUAUGACCUUUGAAACAGCUGAAAGCAUAGAACUUGAGACACACCUCCUCCCUCCUUCGAUAGAUUUGCGGGGCUUUCGAUUUGGGUUGUUUUGAGAAGCAAGAAUCAUCAGCAAUGUGAAUAUAUAAGUCGGAUUUUUAAAAAGAAAUCUGUUGUUUCAGCAGAUUUACGUUUGACAAGAAAACAAGCUGGAAGAGGAUUGUAAGUGAUUCGUUUUCUCGCUAUUUGCAAGUGUAAAGGUGAAAUGAGCACCUUGUUGCAUUUGGUUCUCCUUCUCAUGGAGCAUGUAUACUGCUGCAACUUGCCUCACAAACUGGAAAUUUUGGUUAUCAAUACCACUACAUGCUGCAGAGUGUGCACAAUUCUUCUUUUUUCGCUCUUUGGAAUCGGCAAAUGCCCUCCGCCGUUUGCAGACAUGAAUAACUAAUAUGUACCCUUCGAAUUUUAAACGAUGCCUUCAUCGAUUGUAUCAAUGUCCUACAUGACAAAUGAGAACGACCUAAUGUGUUCGAUAUUCGUUUUUAACCCUCACAACCAGAAGCAUAACCAUGAUCCCAUCACCUUUUGUUAGCUUCUUUUACAAGUUACGAUGGAAAGAGAUGGACAGAGCAAUCAUAGAAUCAACAGAUGUCUGUAACAAAAGAACGAAGCAGCAGAAGUAUGUCAGCAGAUAAAGGGAACAACAUCAGUAUCAGAGCUUCAAUGGGACUUUGAUUUCUCCAGAAGAAUAAUCCGACCGCUCCAUUCUGUUUCAUCAAGAGCCCUAAUUGCAGCAUUCCGCAGCCAACAAAAUGUCAUUCAGCAA